GAACCCAGAGCUUCGGGUGACUCAGAAUCUCAGAAACUCACUGGUGUCCACGGAGUUGGGGUGAGGGUGGAGAAGCCCGCCCCCGGAACCCUAGGAAUCGGACGGUCGUUCACCCUCCGCUGCCCUCUCCCAUCCUCCACCUGGGACGCGGCCAGGCGCGACUUUCGAGGCGCGGCAGCGGGAGGGUUAAACCGAGCGGAGGGAGGAGGAGAGGCGGGGACCGCGCGCUCCGAGCUGCCGCGCCGAGCCCAGCCGAGCCGAGCGCAGCCCGAGCCGAGCCGAGCAUCUCCCGCCGCCGCCGCCGCCGCCCCGCGCCCCGGGCGCUAGCCCCCCACCCUCUCCUGCACCCCGUAUCCCGCAGAACCCCCCGACCAUGCCCCGUGCCCCACGCGUUCCCGCGACCCCCCAGGCCCGCGCAGCCCCGAGCGCCCGCAGCCGUCGCGCCGCCGCGCCAGGCAUGCAGUAAAGGCUGAAAAUCUGAGUCACCGCUGAGGAUCUCGGACAUGGAGUCCAGGAUGCGGCCUGCAUUGCUGCUGUCCCAUCUCCUCUCUCUCUGGCCACUGCUGUUGCUGCCCCUCCCACCGCCUGCUCAAGGUUCCUCCUCCUCCCCUCGAACCCCACCAGCCCCAGCCCGGCCCCCCUGUGCCCGGGGAGGCCCCUCGGCCCCACGCCACGUGUGUGUGUGGGAGCGGGCACCUCCACCAAGCCGAUCCCCUCGGGUCCUGAGAUCACGUCGGCAAGUCCUGCCAGGCACCGCGCCCCCGGCCACCCCAUCAGGCUUUGAGGAGGGUCCACCCUCAUCCCAGUACCCCUGGGCUAUUGUGUGGGGCCCUACGGUGUCUCGAGAGGAUGGGGGGGACCCCAACUCUGCCAAUCCUGGAUUUCUGCCCCUGGACUAUGGUUUUGCAGCCCCCCACGGGCUGGCUACUCCACACCCCAACUCAGACUCCAUGCGGGCUGAUGGAGAUGGGCUCAUCCUUGGAGAAGCACCUGCCACCCUGAGGCCCUUCCUGUUCGGGGGCCGCGGUGAAGGUGUGGACCCUCAGCUCUACGUCACAAUUACCAUCUCCAUCAUCAUUGUCCUCGUGGCCACCGGCAUUAUCUUCAAGUUCUGCUGGGACCGCAGUCAGAAACGGCGCAGGCCCUCGGGGCAGCAAGGGGCCCUGAGGCAAGAGGAGAGCCAGCAGCCCCUGACUGACCUGUCCCCAGCCGGGGUCACUGUGCUGGGGGCCUUCGGAGACUCGCCCACCCCCACCCCUGACCACGAGGAACCCCGAGGGGGGCCCCGGCCCGGGAUGCCCCAGCCCAAGGGGGCACCAGCCUUCCAGCUGAACCGGAUUCCCCUGGUGAAUCUGUGAUGUCCCCCAAGGUUGGGGCACCUCCAGGCAGGGGGCCAAGGGCCCGGCAUAGCCCCCAUCCUGCUGAGGGCACGGCGGCUGUGGGCGCUGCGGCUCUGCCUGGGCUUAUACCUUGGGAAC